UACAGAGCGCGCGACCUCUAGAACGAUGAUGAACAACGUGACAACGGACCAGCAAACGAAACGAGGUGGCGCCACCUCCGUAAGUAGACGCUUUCCUGCCUCAUUCGCGCCGACUCCAUCAUCAGCCACUUCGUUGUCGAGACUCCGCACUGCAGCGCUUAGCGUGACCCGUGUGGGGCGGCAUUCAGUUCUUUGCGGGUUCUGGGCAUUUGUGACGUCUUUCAGCCUGUGCACGAUGGAGCGCGAGUGGUCUGAGCUACAGUGGCCCUACUACUCGCUGGUAGCCGGUGGCUUUUCAGGCGCACUCACGGGCAUGGCGAGACUGGCUUCACCCUUGAGCGUAAUAGGCCACGCCGCAGGAAGCGCAGCCUUCGUAACGGCUGCGACACAAGAUGCAUCUGUAGCAGAAUUCAUGUUGGAGCACAUCGUUACGGGGGACGACUCUCCUCGAGGAAUAAUAACAAACGGAGACGACAGUGAAGCAAUACCAAGAUACCACGACGCAAGAAAAACUCCGGGUGAUCUCCAUGAAAAACUUUAAAGGACAUACAAUUCGGAUUCUUGUGGAAGCACUUUGUUCGGGAACAAGUGUCAACAAAGGUGGU